UGAAACCAAAUAAAGUUAGAGUCUUAUUCUGUGUCCACUCUAGAUAUGCAAACUGAGCUUUUCCACACACAGAAAAAUUGUGCUGGUGUUUUAGCUUGCACCCCUUAGAGAUUUUGCUGUGGCAGAGCCUGAUAUGGCGUCAACCUCUAUCACAAGAACUCAAAUCAAGUGGCAGAAGCUUGAGGAAACGAAGCAGCAAAGAUCAAUGAGAAGGCCAUGUGAUCAUUCUACUGCUUCUUCUCGCUCCCAAGAACAAGGUUUUACGAAUGUUGAGGAAGAUGGUAGUGAAGGUGUUUGUUCAAGUGGCUGUGCUACACCAAAGGCUAAAAGGUCCAGAAUACCAGAGGUGUUAACAUGUCCACCUGCUCCAAAGAAGAGAAGGGCACUGGUAAUACCCAAUUGCUCAUCAAAUAGAUCUCCAGUAGUAUUUUUUGCUUCACCGGAUAUAGAGUUGUUCUUCUUUUCUGCACUCAGAAAUGUUUCAGCUUGAAGCUUCAAUCUAAUUCCAAGAAAGUAUGAAGCUCAGUUCAGUUGCUGACUGUCAAAAUAGCUGAUCCUUGGAAGAGACAAAGUUUGUGACUGUUUUGCAGUGUGCACUUACGUACUCUGAUUGUUAUUACUUAGGCAUGACUUUUUUUUUUUUAUUUAGGUACCUUUUUCUGGUUUUGGCUUUAGUUUUUCUGGCUAGUGUGUGGUGCAACAAAUCAAAAUUUCUAAGACAUGAAGCUCUUUUUGUGUGAAAUUGAUUUAUCAGUUAUCUAAAAUUGUCUCUACCUUUCCAAGGGUAUGAAUUCCUGAAGGGCAUUCAGUUUCAAUUUGUAUCACAUAAACCAUUUGAUGAAGAAUUUGAUUGUCUUUGGCUUCAUCAGAGAAAUUUGUAUUAUUAUAAUGAGUAGACUAGUUAAAA